AUUCCUCGUUCUGUAUCAAACCCUAUUAAUCGAUUAUUAGUAAGAGAUAAUCGAUUAUCACCUGUCUCAGAACUUGGAUUAGUCCGUAGAAGAGUACAACCGAGAGUUUGAAGAACUCUUGAUGCUGUGGGCCUCGAAUACAGAACUCAAGACCCAAGUGGAGUACUUUGCUAAGCAGAUUGCUCAACUCACCAAAUUCAAAAUGAAUAUGAUGAAUACCCCUGAAGAAAGUGAAGAUGAGCAAGAGGAAGAAGCCCAAUCAGAAACUCAUCCUCGUCCCACAAGGAGAAACAACCAAGAGAAGUCAUCUACUGAUUUCAAAGUUGAAAUCCCAACUUUUGAUGGCAAAGAUGACCCCGAUGAUUUCAUAGAGUGGUUAGAGACGAUUGAACGUGUCUUUGACUAUACCGAGGUAUUGGAGGAUAAGAAGGUCAAGCUUGUGGCCUUAAAACUCAGAGGCUACGCAUCUACUUGGUGGACUAACACUACCACCAAGCGCAAAAGAGAAUGCAAGGCUGCUGUUAAAACAUGGACCAAGAUGAGAGCUUUAUUGAAGAAGAAGUUCAUUCCUACUCAUUAUAUAAGGGACAACUUUGCUAGGCUUCAAAACCUACGACAAGGAAAUCAGUCCGUAGAAGAGUACAACCGAGAGUUUGAAGAACUCUUGAUGCGAUGUGAUCUUCAAGAGAAUGACUCACAAACCUUUGUGAGAUAUUUAUUUGGUUUAAACACCCAAAUAGCCAACACCGUGGAGCUGCAAAAUUUUGAAAGCCUUGAAGAUUUAACAAAGCUAGCCCUAAAAGUGGAAGCUCAACUCAAGAAAGGCAAGGAAGUCAUGAAGGAGUACAAGGAAGUGAGGACAUUUAUUCUAAGUGCCCAAAGAGGCAUUUGCAGAUUUUCAUUCCCCGAGAACUGAGAGAAAGCAUGAUCGAAGUUUUUGAUGCACGCAAGUUCAAGUCCG